GUAUCUAUCAUGAAUGACAUAAUACUAAAAAAUAAACAUACUUUCGUAAAUAUCAUAGUUGGAGAAUGAAGAAUCUCCUACAAACGUGCGCUGAAAUAAAUCAUCUAAAACACGUUUGUAUUCUGUAAUACAGUAUUUGCUAAAAUUGAAAUAACGUCGUGUUUCGCUGUUGUAUUUCGUCGUAUUUCGUAUUUCGCUAGUUGAUCUAGAUUCAACAUCGAAAGUGCGAAACUGCAACAGCGUGGACUUUCAACUUGUCAACCGUUUGAUAUUCCCCAGAAAGUUUAUUUAGGAGAUCAUAUAUUGUCUUUUUUAAAAUUAAAGAAAUAUGCAAAACACAGCAGUAAACAAGAAGAAGGAAAAGAUAUUUAAAGUUUUGGUCCUUGGUGAUGUUGGCACAGGGAAAACUAGUUUCAUACGGAGAUAUGUUAGUCAAAAAUUCUUUAUCAACUAUAAGGCUACAAUUGGCAGUGAUUUUGCAGUGAAAGUUAUAGAUUGGGACGAAAAUUGUCAGAUAAAACUGCAACUAUGGGAUAUUGCAGGUCAAGAGCGAUUCACAUCAAUGACCAGGGUGUAUUACCGGGAUGCUGUUGCAGCAUUUGUUGCAUUUGACGUGACAAGGGCAGCAACAUUUGAUGCUGUAGAGCAGUGGAAAAGUGACUUGGAUAGCAAACUGUUCCUAGCUAAUGGGCAACCAAUUCCAGCAGUCUUAUUGGCAAAUAAAUGUGAUCAAGAAUAUAUAAUUAAAAAAGAAAGAAUUGACAAACUGAGAGACGACCUUGGGUUUCUGUGCAGUUUUGACACAUCAGCAAAAGAAAAUAUUGGCAUUGACGAAGCAAUCAGUUUCAUAGUAACUAAGAUUUUAGAAAACGAAGAAUCGCUCUCAACCAGGCACGCCAACAGUCUGGAACUUCCCAAUCAACAACUGCCUGAACAAAACUGUUGUGCAUGUCACUUUCCAAAAUCAAAACCACUUUUGAAGGAUGCAGAUGGAUAAAGUAAAUGAAAAUAUAUCAUAUAUUUAACAGAUAUUAUCAGAACAUAACUUAUUGUAGAUUAAUUUAGCUGUGGUAAGCUUGUUCAUUUCAUAAAAUUAAGCCCAACAAAUAUUGGUAAGCAAAUAUAAUUUACAAUAUAGAGCACAGAUUUGCACCCUAGCAAGGCACAACAAUUAUGCACAAACUUAGUAAAGCCCAAAAUAAUAAAGUACAUAAAUUGAUCUGAAAAUUAGAGUGAUAUUUUUGUAAAAAAAAAUU